GGAGAGGAGAGCGAAGAGGGAACUGAACCUCCAGACAGAACAGGAGGAUCCAGAGUCCUCCCUCAAACUGACCAGGAACUUCAGGGUCAGGGGGGGCAGAGGGUCUGACCCAUCAAGUCUGAGGAUCGUCCCGGUCUGAGGACUGGUCCUCUCGGUCCGGAUCAUGCCGGUCAGACGGGGCCAUGUGGCUCCACAGAACACCUUUCUGGACACCAUCAUCCGCAAGUUCGAGGGUCAGAGUAAGUACGGGAGACCGGGUCAGGGUUAAACAUGGUUGGUUUGGACUGUGCAGAGUUUUCUGCAGGGACACUGGGUCUGUUGGACACAGGUAAUCUGGAUGGGUUAAAAUCUGUGCAGACUCUGUGUUUGUUAGUUUGUUCUGUCUGCAGUCAGAUCACAUGAGGGUUUAGUAUAAAUGUUUGCUGCAGGACUUCAGACCUGUGCAGACUCUAAUUCUUGUUCUCAGCAUUAGUUUGCAGCUGGUCUGCUGGUUUGAGGGUUGUUGGGUUUUGUCUGGUUGAGCACAUUCACCUGCAUACAGAUGUUGGAGUUAAAAGUCAAUUCUUCUUUAGGAAACAUGAAGAGCAGGAAGAGUGUACGCCUCACUGUAGUUGACCAAUUACAGAGUAAUGCCACGGCAACCUGUUUUUGAUAACUGAGAAAAUAUAUAAAAAUAAAGACAGAUAAAUAUUGGAUUACAAUACAAAGAGAGAGUCAUGGUAAGAUAUAUUUUUCCACACUCAUGAAACUAAAAAUUCCCCAGUUACAAUAUUUCACUCAGAAAAAUAUUUGUCUGUUCUGUCGAGGUCAGGUAUCUUGUUUCUAACUUAAGAUAAGAAGCACUUUAUUUUUCUCAGAGGGGAAAUUCAAUUCAAUAGUUGUAUUUGAUCAAAUUCAAAAAUAAAUAAACUAAUAAAAAUCUGUAUGGAAGUGAAUCUGUGACAUCUGAUUUUGAAUUUCAAAUCCAUCGGAUUUUGAUGCAAAAAAAAAAUCAGCUUCAGAAAUUCAAAUCUAAAAUCAGAUGGCACAGAUGUACUUCCAUAAAUCUGUGAUAUGAAGAUGUUCAGGGAAUACUAUCAAGAAUGCUAUGAACAGCCUCACACACCUAACCCUCAUUAAACACCAACUCCAAAAAAUGACUUUGAGCUGCAUUUGACUCUGAAUUCAUGUAGUUGUUAAAAUGAUCAUCACUGUUGGACAGCAUCAGCACCAACCUGCUGAACUGAAAGGAAGAGAGAUCACUGUAUCAACAUUGAGACUGCCAGAGCUUACAGGCUGAGUUACUGUGUUCCUGUGUGAAUUUGUCUGUUAUUCACUGAUUGAAGACUUGAGUGGGAUUUCCACAGAGGCAGACAGGAGUGUUUCAUAUUUCUACUGACAAAACCUUUAGAGGCAUAAACAGUCUUAAAUAAUGUGAGAGGUCUAUGGGAACAAAACUCUGAACACUUUCGGUCACAGUUUUAUCCUGUAAUUUCAGAGGGAUGAUCGGAAACCAAGUUUCUAUUUAUGGUCGUUAAAACGAUUCAUCAAAGUUGAAUCAUUUCACAGUGAAGCAUAAUUCUGUUUGUGAGCGUGUCUUGUGACCUGUGUGUGUGUUCUUGAUUUUCGUAGUUGUGUCAUUAGUCAGUCCGUUCUCUCUCUCUCUCUCUCUCUCUCUCUCUCUCUCUCUUUCUCUCUCUCCCUCUCUCUCUCUGCAGACCGUAAGUUUAUCAUCGCCAACGCUCAGGUGGAGAACUGUGCCAUCAUCUUCUGUAAUGACGCGUUCUGCGGGAUGUGCGGCUACAGCCGGGCAGAGGUGAUGCAGAAACCGUGUACCUGCAGCUUCCUGUACGGGCCGCAUACCAAGCGGCCGGCGGUCGCUCAAAUGGCGAAGGCCCUGCUGGGAGCCGAGGAGAGGAAGGUGGAGAUCUCGCUCUACACUAAAGAUGGUACCGUGCCCCACACUCACUCUUUCACACGUUCAGAUAUCAGCUGUGUUUCUGUGAUGAUUGAUGAAGGUCUGGUUUUACUCUGACCUGUUCACCUAAACACAGGGUGAAGACUCCCUGAAACUCUGAUUAAGUUAAAAGUAUUGAUCUCUGUAAAAGGCAGGAAUAGUUUAUUAAUCGCUGUUACAACACUCCUCAGUCUGUCAUACCUGAGCGCUGCAAUAAGGACAGGAAAACUCUCCUAUAAGUCGGUGAGUUUGAAGAGAGUGGUGGCUGUCAGAGGAACAGAGACUCGCCGGCUGCAGAGCAGACAGUAUGGAUAUGAAGGAUAAUAAUAAUUAUCAAAUGACUGAUUAAAUUUAGACAUCAAACCUUCACAAAGUGGGUCAUUGUCUAAAAACGUCUGAGAGAAGCUUGCUGAUACAGACUGAAGAGGGGUGUACAGAGUCCUGACAGAGCUGCAGCCAGGGCCUCAACUUCAGCUUUUAGGUGUUAGGGCUCACUUUGUGGACUUAAGUCUGAAGUGAGUUGCCAUGGUUGCGUCGAUGCUCUGUGUCUGUAAACAUCCUCACUAUCCAGAAUUAAACCAAACCCAUGUUCAGUCAAAUCAAUGAAAGAGGACAUCUUCAUCUGUGGAUUGAUCUGUCUGAUGACCUGUGUCAGAGAAAUUCAUCAAACUCUGAAUCAUGAUUUGAGGUCUGUCACUUUAAAGUCCUCUCCCUCUGUCAGCCAAUCAGAGUCAGCUUUAUUUCAGUUUACUAUGAAGUUCACUGUUGAAUGGUCUCUGAGGUUGGUGUUGUCUCCUCACAAACUGACUGAGGAUGAAUAGUUACUGUUAGAAAUGUUUAAAUGAGCCUCACAGAGAUCUUUUCUGCGUCAUAGUAACACGCCAGUCUAAACAUUCAUUUAAGUUCAUCGAUACACAGCUCCAGUUUUCAGUUACAUCCAAGCUUCCUGCUGUUUUCUGGAGUCUUUGUCUUUGAGGGGAGGAAAUAGCUGAUCUCUAGACAGUGCUAGACUGAGCAGUGAGCCCAGGCUUCAUCUGUGGGCUCAGUUUUGACCGGCCAGUUUAACUAAAGCUAACAACUGGUCGCCUCUUCAGUCAAGAGGGAUUGACAGCUAAAACUUCACCAUCUUUCUGAACAUGAGUUGAGCCCUUCAUCAUCACUGAGGACUCCUCUGUGCCUGUGGUUCAAGCAUGGAGGACCAUCAGUACAGAAUUUAAGUUUGGUCCUAAAAACCUCUGAGCUUUUACUUCAGUGUUUCCUCCAUGUUCUGUCAGGGUUCCUGUAUUAUCCAGUACUUCUGUUAAGGAUAGGCGGUCAUCCCUUUGACAGAGCGAAGGUGUUUUUCUGAGUGUUUUUGAUGAUUUACCUUUAAAAGUCUUCAGGAUAAGAUUUGGUCAGAGUUAUCACCCCCUCUUUGUCUCUUUUUGUGGAGCGAUGUCGCAUGAAUCCUGAGGAUGUAAACACUCACAAAUCUAACAUGGAAACUCAGCAUGAACGUGAUCACUCUGUUGGCGCCCAUUUCUGAUAGUUUCAUGUAUAAUUAAUCUCCUGGGCUCAGGUUGCCCUGCCAUGUUGGCGUUUUAGAUGUGGUUGAUCAAUACUGGGUUAAUAAUAGCUGCUCCUAAUGUCUGAGAUUACCCACAGGUCAGAUCUGAGCCGUCCUCUGAGGGACGCUCUCUGGGUUAGAGAGCCUGUGGACUCAUUAUGGGCUUUGAAAUCAUCUUUCUGAAGCAGUCAGAGGAGCUGUGAGACGCAACGUCUUCACCUCCGUUUGAUUUCCAUGAAUGAAACUGGUUAUAUGAAAGAUGUAAACGUGAAACUUUAAAACUUUUAAAAGCUGCCUUACUCUCGUUAAACAGCUGAAGUUCUAGAAAGUUAUUUGAUCCAGGAAAUGGACAGCACAUAGAGCGCACAUGGUAUAAACAGAGACCCUCUCCUCUGUGUGUGUGUGUGUGUGUGUGUGUGUGUGUGUGUGUGUGUGUGUGUGUGUGUGUGCAGCUCUGCAGAGUAAUAAGAAGGUCACUAAGCGAGCUGUGAACAUAAUCCUUAUGCUCCUACAGGACUGGAACACUGAUAUGUAAUAAGCUGGUCCCGGAGAUAUCACAUGCUAAUUUCAUGCUAAUCAUGAGUGCUAAUUGACUAUAAUGUUCAGAGCUGGUUUAUCCUACACAUGGCAGCUCUGAUCAGCCACAUCCCACAGAGGGAGAUAUUUGACAGGAGUCACUGACAUGGUGAGGACAGACUGUCUUUGGAAAAGAACCUUUGAGUAGAUGUAGAAGUAACUAGAGCUACAACAACCCCAAUUUAAAAUGAGAUUUUGAUGGUUUAUAGAUCGGGGUCAUGUUUCUUAUUGCAGGUCCUUAGCUCUUAUUCUACCAUCAUGCUUCAAACCUAAGUGGACCCAGGAGAACAGUUUCUGGAGUUAAUUUUCAGUGUCCUCAGGGCUAAAAGACACACAUAGCUGGAUAUCAUCAGCGUAAAGGUGAUAAGAAAUGCCUCUGAAUUUGCUGAUUGAUACGACUUAAGGGCAGCAAAUACACAGCAAAUAAUUAAGGGUUCAACACAGAACCCUGAGGGACACCACAGGAGAGGGCAGCUGUUUCAAACAUAUAUGGACCAUGUGACACAGAAAAACUCCUGUCAGAAAGAUAGGAGGAGAACCAAUCCAGGGCAAUCCCAGAGACAGUGGUCAACCGUAUCAAAGCAGCACCAAAACAGCAUUCACCAACAUCAGAGGACAUGGUCUCAGGUCCAGAGAUGUCCCUGGUGUUUCUGGAUCAUCUUUCCAUCUGGUUUCCUCUUUGAAUUGUUCAGUUUUAACCUUAUUUGUGAACUGAAGUGAUUCUGAGCUUAUGCAGUGAUUUUCACUCCAGAGUCCUGCCUGAGGGUCUGAAGACCAGGACCAUCCAGUGUGGGUUUUAGUACAGAGAUUUCUCCAGAUUGUUUGAAUCUUUUAAUGAUUUGUUAAAGAACAUUUAAAUUCUCAACAUUUAGGGUUAAGAAACGAGUUAAAAAUAAAUAUUGUUUAUGAACAGAGGAGAUCUCUUCCUGCGACUCCUGCUCUGUGUCUCAUGAGGAGGAACAUGUUAAUAUUAUUCAUGAUGUUUGUGCUUCGGAUAGACAGAUCACAGAGCGAACGUGUAGGAAUAACAGGAAGGAACAGUGUGUGUAAAUGUGUGUGUGUGUGGAUUAUCUGUUCUCACUCUUUCCGUUAAUCUCUAAUCCGUUAGUUUAUCAUUUCUCUUGGUUGAUUCGCUUCUUCUGCUCUAAUAAAAAAACUCUGAUCCUAUUUCCCCCCCAGAGUCCCUGAAGAGCUGCAGAGACCUUCACUGUGACCUCUCCUUCUCUGUUACACACACACACACACACACACACACACACACACACACACACACACACACACACACACACACACACACACGGUAACUGAACUAAUGUUUACAAAACAGAUGAGUGUAUUUUUCUGUCCUACCCUGUCGUUGAUGCUGCAGUAUAUUUAUAUAUUUCAUGAGUUAUGUUCAGGGAUUGUCAAAAUAGCCUGUACUUGUCUGUUUCUAUCUGUAUUUAAGAGAGUUUGAUGACGGUCUCAGUCUGAUGAAGAAAUUUUUGUGUCUUUUGUGUUUAAUAUGUUCCAGUUUAAUCUGAAUCUGCAGUUAGUGUUGAUGUGUGAAUUGAGCUUCAGUUUAUGCAAAAAUUGAGUCCCAUCAGUGAGUCUGACCCCUUACCUGUCCGAACUCAUCAGAUGUUCCUGUUCGUCUCACCUGGGUACCGUCUGCUCCUCCUCACCUGCUUUAAAUCCAGACAAGAGAACUUUAAUAUCAGUUCAUGAUCGUCACUGUUAAUCCAAACAGUCUGUCUUUUCAGUCAGAGCUCACCUGCAGACCCCAAACUCUGAUUAAACUCACCUAACUCUACAGACAGAGGUCACUACAGGUCACCGCAGGGUGGGACUUAGUGUCUAUAUCAGCAAGUGAAAUGAAGUGUGUGUGUGUGUGUGUGUGUGCUCUACAGCAGAUGGUCCCCUAUUAAAGUGAAAUAAGUUAGCAUGUAGCUACGGUAAUCCAGUCUAGCUGUCACAGAGACUGACAGAGAGAGAGAGAGAGAGAGAGACGGUAUGAUGGAGCUCAGCAACUCCCAGAAAAGACUGUGUAUCAGUGACUCUAAUGGGCCGUGAUCAGUCAAAGUUUAUGACACAGACAGAAGGAAGAUGGAGAAGGAGGAGAGCUCAAACUAUGAGCUCUAUUAAAGAGGAACGAUGUAAAACCCUCUGUACCUCACCUUAACUUUAUGUUAAACGGCACAUUAUUAAUCCUUUUUGCAAUAAAUAACAAGUUUUACAUCACUUAACCAAUACUGAUUUCCUCGAGCAUCAAACAGAGACACAGAAGUCCAGUUUCUGCCUGUUACAGAGGGGAGGGACAGAGGUAUCACCUGACUUGCAGAUCACCUACAGACAGCUCUACACCUCUGUAUGUCUAUGAACCAGUAAGAAACCUCAAAGGAUCUGUUUGAGUCGAGCUGUUUUUGUUGUUACUUUCAGAGGUAUCACGUAUAUUCAUCCUUUUAUUAGUGUUGGUUUCAUAUCACCAUGAAAACUCUGGGAUCAUUAUCAACUAUCAGAUUAAUCACUUUUCUCUCCACACCUUUAAAAGGUAACAGAGUCCAGGAGCGACUCUCCUCCUGGUGGCUCCAUCAGGUUGAAACGUCCAGAACAACAUGAACCUUCUCCUUCAACAGAAACUGCUCUGACAUAAACCUGAGUCUGUGUGUAUGUUUGUGUGUGCAGGAGUGUGUUUCCACUGCGUGAUCGACGUGGUUCCUGUGAAGAACGAGGACGGUCUGGUCAUCAUGUUCAUCCUGAACUUCGAGCUGCCCUCAGACCCUCGACCCCCCAGCAGCUCCCCAUCCAGAGAGCUGAGCACAGUGCUGAGGAUCCCCUGGCUAACCCUGGGUAUGAUUCAUUACUGUGAGCUCAGUUUAUCACUCUGAUGGCCAGGGCUGGACUGGGAAAGAAAUUCAGGCCGGGAGAUUCCUAGUCAGCCAGGCCACUUCCGCCACCGCGAGGGUAUUGUUAUGUGGGGUGAUGCGCUGAAAUUUGUUUGUUUUUUUUCCUCCAAAAAACCAGCCUUUUACAGUUAUGUUACAGCAAUUACAACAACACUAUUAAACUGACAGUAAAGUAACACAACACCACCCUAUUAUUAAACACAACCAGGACGACAGCUCCACACAGUCCAGGACUCUUCUCUUCUCUAAUCUCUUCACUACCCUCAUAAAUGUUUCCUUUGGUCCUUUUUUUAAAUAUAAUAUAUGGAAAUAAACAAAACGUCGGUAUUAUUUUUUCUGCAAAUCAUUAAGAUGUCUGCUGGUCAUAGCUGAUAGUACAUGCUAACACCAAUAUUCAUUGUAAAACUGAAAAUUGUUGGUCAACAGCCUAUCUUACCUGAAGAGGGGGUCUUAAACGUUUUAGGGCUUCCUGCAACCCACCUGACACCUGUGGAGUUUUUUGGGCCAGACUCUCGCCUCGCUCUCGUAUCAUCUCGGCUCGGCGCUCUGUGUUUGUUUUCCUGUUCACGUUGUGAAGGGGCGGGCCAUAAAGCACCUGACCAAUCACGACAUUUCGACGAAUUCCAACCCCUCUGAUCCCAGCGCUCAGAGCGCGUGCUUUGUGUGAGUGGCACAAGCAGACCAACUUUUUUUUUAUUGGCCUGCCAGUGCAGCCAGGCAGGCAAAUAAGGAGGCAGGUCACCGGGAAUAGUCCCGCCUCUCCCUGUUGCCAGUCCGGGCCUAGUCCGGGUGUACGAAGAUUGCGUAGAUCACCGGGGGGGGGGAUACGCUGUUUGAGCCGAGCGUCAUCACAGCAACUCUCGGCGACUCUAUCGCCAAAUGCGUACAAUGCUACUGCACAAUGUUGGUUUCAGGAAGCGGAGAAAAAUCGUGGAAAUACCGAGGGCUUUUCGGCUUCAAAUCAGUACACAGGCGGAAGGCAGAACCAAGUCGUCCAUGGUCUAUGGUUACUUAUAUGUCUUCAUGAUUCAAACAUUCAGUCUCACUCAGGUUUCGAGUUCAGAUCCCUACCUUAUCCUAACUCCUUUGCCUCCCCAAGCUCGACGGCAGCGUCUGCGCCUCCUUCUCCGCUCCCUAAGCCCCGCUUCCAGCGUCCUGUCAGCGGACACAGAGCUUGGCGCCCCCCUGCCUCCUCUGGGACACGAGUCUGUGGCUCUGGACAAACUGCUGACCCUUCCCGAGAGACAGCAGCUGGAGGAGGCUGGAGCUGGACUGCUGCUGUGGGACAGAGAGGAGGAGGAAGAGGAGGAAGAGGAGGACGAGGAGGAGAAGAAAGCAGAGACGGAUGGCCUGGUGGAGUUCAGGAGGAGGAGUGAAGGUGACAGGAGGAGAGGAGGAGGUGUGCUGCUGAUGGACACAGGUACAGGAGGAGGAGGGAGAGGAAGAGGGAGAAGAGGAAGGGAGAGGCCUUCAACUCCAACCUCUGCUCCUCCGACACUGACCCUGAGCCUGACCUCCUCAAAUCUCCUGAGCAGGUUAGUCACUGAAAGCUGAUGUUCAUAUGAAUCUGCUCAGUCUGCAGCUGCUCUACAAACAAUCAUUGUUACUGUGAACUCUAAGGUGGUCUUAGUCUCGUUGUCUUUUACACAGAGAGGAGAGAGGAAGAGGAGACGAUGAAGAGGGCUGCCUCCUCUACAUCAGUCCUCCACAGAGCAGGCUGGACGGCAGCUGUGUCAGUCUGAAGCACUCGUCCUCAGUGGACGACAUCCAGAGUGGAAAAAUGAACACGGACAGGAGGCUGCAGCUCAGACACAGCUGUGCAGGUGAGACACAGACGAGUCCUUUUAAUUGGUCCGUUAGCUUGUUAUGGUGUGUGUGUGUGUGUGUGUGUGUGUGUGUGUGUGUGUGUGGGUGGGUGUGUGUGUGUGUUAUGUUGUAGAAACAUUGAAACUGAUUGUAGUCAUGUGACUUUUUGUAUAUUUUAUGAACAUGUUUUAAUCCAGAAUAGAAAGAGAGAAACUAAAAACAGAGAUGAGGAAUAAUCUCAAACUUUUAAUGAUUGUACUUCAUCAGUCUGAGCAGCAGAGGGCGCUGGUAUACAUAUGUAAUCAGAGUAAGAGCACCUUACAGUGUAUCAGUCUGAGGAGAAGGUUAACCUAAAAUUAAACAGCUGUUAACCAGUAUCCCAGAGAUGUUGACCAAGUGCAACAAAAACAAGGAGAUUAAAAAAAAUGUUUGUGAGGAAUAAAACCGGCCCAAAAGGAAAAACUCCGACCAUUUCUAAAGUUUAUUCAGAUGACAAAAACAUUUCAUUUGAUCUCAUUUAGUUUCAUUAUCUCUGUAAGAAAUGAUUAAACUGUUCUCCUCUUAACUUCAGGUAUGCUGACCAUCAGGAAGAGCAGCAUACCUGUGGAGACAUCAGACACUGACAUCCGCUGCCGGACCAACAGCCAGGUAACACACACAGACACACACACACUUACACACACACACACUCUCUCGCAUGUAAAUCCUAUGGUUGUGCAGUAAAGCAUCUAUUUUUGCUUCUUGCAGCAGAUGGCGCUAAGCGUCUUGGACUUGAAGACAGAUGCGUUUGUGGCGUUACCUCCAGGGGAAAUCAGACCUCCCAGCAAACUGAUGGACAGAACUCACCACGUGACGGAGAAAGUCACCCAGGUGUGUACUUCAGAAACCUUCUUUAGAUGAUGGUGGCUGCACAUUUCUCUCUCCCCUCUUUUCUGUCCUCUGUCCUCUAUAAAAGAUGAGGUCUGAUCAUGUCUUUAUAAUGUAAAGCAAUGACACAGUUGGCUUGUAUUGAACAUAAUACUAUGUAUGUGUGUGUGUACAUUUAUAAAUAUAUAUAUAUAUAUAUAUAUAUAUAUAUAUAUAUAUAUAUGUAUAUAUGUAUAUAUAUGUGUGUGUACAUUUAUGAAUAUAUUUGUAUGUGUAUAUAUAUAUAUAUAUAUGUAUAUAUGUAUAUAUAUGUGUGUGUACAUUUAUAAAUAUAUUUGUAUAUAUAUAUAUAUAUAUGUAUAUAUGUAUAUAUAUGUGUGUGUACAUUUAUAAAUAUAUUUGUAUAUAUAUAUAUAUAAUAUAUAUAUAUGUGUGUGUACAUUUAUAAAUAUAUUUGUAUGUGUAUAUAUGUGAGUGUGUGCAUAUAUAGUAAUAUAUUUGUAUAUAUAUAUAUAUAUAUAUAUAUAUAUAUAUAUAUAUAGAUGUGUGUAUAUGUAUAUAUAUGUAUAUGUGUGUAUAUAUAUAUGUGUGUGUAUAUAUAUAUAUAUAUACAUACACACAUAUAUGUGUAUAUCUAUCUAUCUAUCCAUCUAUCUAUCUCUCUCUCUCUCUCUAUAUAUAUAUAUAUAUAUAUAUGUAUAUAUAUGUAUAUUUAAAAUGUGUGCAUGUAAGCCUGCUGAGAGAGUCCAGGUGAUGACAUGAGGUCAGACAGGUAGAGGUCGGUUUACUGUUAAGUGUGACGCAAUGUGUUCACAGGUUGUCUUAGAUGAGUUUGAGUGAUCUUACAACUCACAUAAUAUGUGUGUGUGUGUGUGUGUGUGUGUGUGUGUGUGUGUGUGUGUGUGUGUGUGUGUGUGUGUGUGUGUGUGUGUGUGUGUGUGUGUUGGUUGGGAGAUGAGUUGUUUCUUGCUGCAGCCUGUCAUGUGACCUCCUAAAGCACAGCACUGAAAUAAAAACACAACAGAGGGUUAUACACUAACCCCCCCCCCCACUCCCUGUCUGUUUUGAGGACGAAGACGGUGAGGACGGUUAUUUCUCUGCAUGCAUGGGUGGGGGUGUUGGUGGUGAUUAAUGGGGGUCACCUGCUGAUCUCAGUUAAUUUAGCAGGCACAGCAGGUUGCAUGUGAGUCGUCCUUGCUCUGCGUGAGGACGCCUGGAUUGUCCUCUGACAUUAUCUCUGGAUGUUUCCUCUGAUGCUCAUCAAACACAAACUGUCCUCCGUCACUCAGACCUGUGUCACCUCCAAACACCGAACCCUUCCACAUAAAACCACAGGAAGAGGAGAUCAACACGGCUAUACUCAUGAUUUUAACACAAACACAGACCCUAAACUGACUGUCACGACCCUGGCUGUCUGUGCAAUAAAGUGGUGUAUGAACUUAAUCAGGUCUUUAACAAACCUGUUUAUUGUCCUAACACCCAGAAAUGACAAAAAAUGAAAGCAUUUUAUCCAAGGUUAACAUCCCUGUGAUUGGAGGAUGAGGAGGGAUGGAGAGAAGGUGAGAGAAGUGGGUGAGAAGAGAGGGGAGGGUGGGGAGAGAGGGUGAGGCUCUGAGAGCUGCACAGAGGAUCAUAAACUGGUGCACAGAGCAGACAGAGUAAAGAGACCAGAAACUAUUCAGCAGAAGUUCACUGUGGAGUCUUCGUUUUUAUGACUUAAUUUCUGUUGUAAUGGUCCUUUUAAACAAACAGAGACAGCUGAGUGGACCACAGGACCAGCUCUACCUGCAGCCUCAUCUGGAUCCACUCUGUGUCUCUCUCAGGAUCCUGUGGAUUUAUUUUGAAGGAGCUCAGAGGUUUAAAACUUUUUCUUUGAUUCUUAUUCAGACAUCCGCUUCACUCUGACUCUAAAAAAAGGAGGAUAACUAAGACUACAGGAGGAGAAACUUUAUCUGGAGUCUGUCUGCCUUGAAUGAAGGCUGUGGUAUCAGAUGCUGUGGAUGGAGAGGUGGAUAGAGGGACAGACAGACAAAUUUAGAGAUGAAGGAGGUAGAGAUGAAAAAGGUGAAACAGUGAGAGUGAUGGAGGAGGAGAGAGAGGACGCAGAAAAGAAGAACAACCUCCAAAACACAGAGAAAGAGAAUGAAACAUCUCAAAGUUUGAGAGGAGAAGUAGAUGAAAUAAAACAAGAAGAAGAAGAAGAAUCGACCUGGACGCAGGGUGAAGGACAGACGUGUCCCUGAUGUCCUCAGUCAGCGUGGUGGACAGCAGCGGGGUGUCUCAGGACAGCAGUGACCACAGAAACAGAGAGAAGAAGAGAGGGACAACUGCGUCCUCAACAGUCGCUCAUCAAGUGAGAACACCUGUGUGUGUGUGUGUGUGUGUGUGUUAGUGCACUGUCCUACCUAUCCAAGAGGGGAACCUGGUGUCGUAACACUUUCACCAAGAGGGGACCGCGUAGCCAACAGGGGACAUAUUUUAGGACCCCUCUUGGUCAUGUUUUAAAUCAUGCUAAAAUCAUGUGAAACACUCUGGGGACGUUUUUUUUAUUUUAGCAAAGUGGAAACCUGAAGGUGUGUGAGUGUUUAAGUCCAUGCGAGUCUCACAGAAUCACCUUUGUGUGGUCCGUCACUCAGGUGCUGCUGUGGAGGACAUGUGAAUGUAAGAGCUCAGGUGAAGUUCAGACCUGCAGCUCAUUAAUCACAGCUCGUCUCUGGGGUUUACAGGUCUGUGUGUGUGUUUAAAAUGAUAUAUGAUCUCAGUCCACAGUAAAGCUGUUCGUGAUGAGUCAACCGUUCACACCAGUAAUGAGGUUUCCACUGACCUCAUUACAGACGGGACCUGAUGAAUCCACUGAGUGUGGAGAAAAACCAGCUCUCAGAGGACUGAAGUCAGACCAACAUCUUCGACAUUCAAAGAAAAGAUGAUUUAUCAACAUUAUUCUAUAAAUUCAAUCCUCUGAACAUCAUGUUUCAGUCACUGAAUUCUACAGGAGGUAAAGAAGUUAUCUGUCAGGGCUGUUGUACCAAACAGGGAGGUGUGGUUUUCACCUGAGACCACGAGUCCAGAGGGCGGCUGAAGCAGCACUGACUGGUCUCUGUCUCUGAUGGUCAUUUCUCUCAAAUCUGUCCUGGAUGUGGAUCCUGUGGACGCUGUAGGAGGACGGUCUGUCAGACUGAAACUGGUUUAAGGUUAACGUUAGCUGACAGUAACUGUGAUCAAAACCUUCAUCCUGCUCUGUGAUUGGUUAGCUUAUCUCUCAAAAGAUCACCUCAUACCUGGUUCAGGUGGAGUUGAUGGAUGAACUGAUGAAACUUGCUGACUGUGAAAGAACUAUUACCUCCCUUGUGUAAUGACCUGAAUAUGGGGAGGGGUCUAUAUUAGGAGUUAAUGUAUGUUCUGUUUGUGGGGCUGGGGGCGAAUAAAGUGUCCCUCCCUCAUGAUAAAGAGCGGACAGUCACACCUGGUUCAGGUGUUGCAGGGUCAGAGGACUUUUUAACCUCCAUGUUUUCUGGAUGUUAUUUUGCUCUUUGGUUUGGUUUUAUUUUCAGUAACAUGCUUUUAUUUUGUAGGAGCCAGGGCUAUUUAAACUCUUUUCAGGAAGAUUUAUGAAUAACAUUAUGAUGUUUUCAUCUUUGCUGUGAUAUGAAGUCUAUGCAUCAUUUUUUCAAUGUUGGACCGUAGAUGUUGAAAUCCCGAAAUUCCUUGCAAUUGUACUUUUAGAAAUGUUGUUCUUAAACUGUUCGCCUAUUUGCUCACGCAGUUGUUCUCAAAGUGGUGAACCUCGCCCCAUCCUUGCUUGUGAAUGACUGAGAAUUUUUGGUGAAGCUGCUUUUAUACCCAAUCAUAGCGUCCACCUGUUCCCCAUUAGCCUGCUCACCUGUGGGAUGUUCCAAAUAGGUGUUUUCCCAACAACAAUUUCCCACUUUAGUGGAAUUGUGUUUUGUAUAUUAAUAAAGAUCAAUUAACAGAGGCCAUCGUCUCUGCCUCUGUCUGUCCAUCUGUCUUCUCAUUCUGUUUGUCCUUACUGUCUCAGGUGCUGUCUCUGGGCGCCGAUGUGUUACCUGAGUACAAGCUGCAGACCCCCAGGAUCCAGAAGUGGACCAUCCUCCACUACAGUCCCUUUAAGGCGGUGUGGGACUGGGUCAUCCUGCUGCUGGUCAUCUAUACGGCCAUCUUCACUCCGUACUCGGCCACUUUCCUGCUCAGGUGAGUGGACACUCACACCUAUAAGACUGACGAACAUGUCAACUCAUAAACAUAUUAGCAACACUCACAUAGAGGUGAUUUUAUAUGUUUUAUGAUUAUUACAGGAUUUAUUUUAUUUUAUUCUUUGAGCUGCUCUUGGUCCCUGUAGCCCCUGAGCGGUUAUGAAUAUUCGACUUGUGUUUCCCUCAGUGACCAGGAGGAGGCGGCCAUGCAGACCUGCGGGUACUCCUGCUCCCCCCUGAACGUGGUCGACCUGAUUGUGGACAUCAUGUUCAUCGUGGAUAUCAUCAUCAACUUCAGAACCACCUACGUGAACUCCAACGAUGAGGUGACGUGAAAUCUUACUGUGUAGAGACGGGUCGAUCAGUGUGUCCUUAGACAGGACAGGUAGACCGGAGAGGACAGGUGGAAGUGCUCUACUGUACGGGGCACACUAACUUCCUGUUCGUACCUUAAAAACAGCCAAAAACACAAGAUAUUAAAAUAUACGUUUAAAUGUUGUCGUUCACUCACACUGACCUUCUGUCUGUGCUCUGAGCAGGUUUGUGUUGUCUGUCUUGUUGUGUGUCCUCAGGUGGUGAGUCAGUCCCUGAAAAUCGCCGUCCACUACUUUAAAGGCUGGUUCCUCAUCGACAUGGUGGCCGCCAUCCCCUUUGACCUCCUCAUCUACCGCUCAGGAGAGGAGGUGGUCCGAGGAGGAGGAGAAGGAGAGGUAGGGUCGGGAGAGACGCUGUUCUUCCUGUGACACUUUUAUCACAUGACUUGGUCACGUGGUCUCAUCGCCGCUGUCCUCCUCUGAACAGACCACCACUCUGAUUGGCUUACUGAAGACGGCUCGGUUACUGCGAUUGGUCCGUGUGGCGAGGAAGUUGGACCGUUACUCAGAGUACGGGGCGGCCGUCCUCUUCCUCCUCAUGUGCACCUUCGCCCUCAUCGCCCACUGGCUCGCCUGCAUCUGGUACUCCACUCUGCUUCAUAUAUUCUUGUCCUCGAACUUUCUGCCAUGUGACCAUCGCCAACAAAGUUAUUCUUUUCAUUGUUAUCAUUUAUCUAUAUUGUUUCUGCACUCUGUAAUGCAAACUUUCUCAGUAAAGAGUUUUAAAGAAGGAGCACUAAUCAUGUUCUUGUCUCAGGUAUGCCAUAGGAAACGUGGAGCGGACCACCUCAGCGGGGAUCGGCUGGUUGGCUACUUUGAGCAAAGAGCUGGGAAAGCCGUACAACGAGUCUUUCCCAGGCUCCGGUCCUUCCAUCAGAGAUAAAUAUGUCACCGCUCUGUACUUCACCUUCAGCAGUCUGACCAGUGUGGGCUUUGGAAACGUCUCCCCAAACACCAACUCUGAGAAGAUCUUCUCCAUCUGCGUCAUGCUGAUUGGGGGUGAGCUCAUGAAGACUCUGAACACAAAAACCCUGAACUGUUGACCAGUUCCGAACUCCAGAAACUGGUCUGCUGGGUUCACUCACAUUUACAGUGCUGGGAAAAGACGAGCUGAUGGAUUUCAUUUCUUGUCGAUCUAAAGGUCAAUGUUACAGCUCGUUCUCUCUCUAUGUUCCAGCUCUGAUGUAUGCCAGUAUCUUCGGUAACGUGUCGGCCAUCAUCCAGCGGCUGUACUCGGGUACAGCUCGAUACCACGCUCAGAUGAUGAGGGUCCGAGAGUUCAUUCGCUUCCACCAGAUCCCCAACCCUCUGAGGCAGAGACUGGAGGAGUACUUCCAACACGCCUGGUCUUACACCAACGGCAUCGACAUGAACGCUGUGAGUUUCUGUCAGUUUGUUUACUUUAUUUCCAGGACUCAUCGUCGUUGUUUUCUUCCGCUUCAUCCGGGUCCGGAUCGCGGGGUUAGCAGCUUCAGGAGGGAAGCCCAGACAGCCCUCACCCCAGCCACUUCCACCAGCUCCUCCGACCCCCCUGUCGAUCUCCCACUCCAUCCUUCCCUCCCGAGAUACAUGAACUCUUCCACUUCCAGUAUUUCCAGUUCUGCUUUUAGUUAAUCUAGGUGUCCUGUCUUUCUGCUGCAGGUUUUAAAAGGUUUCCCAGAGUGUCUGCAGGCGGACAUUUGCCUCCACCUGAACAGAACACUGCUGCAGAACUGUAAGGCUUUCAAAGGUAACUCAGGCCGCCGUCACACACUCUGAGUGUCGGAUCAAUCACAGCUUUAAGACCACGACUGUUCAUACUGUUCAGGACUCACUGGUACACUCAGAUGUCUGCCCUGUUUGCUGUUGUGUGUAGGGUCCACUAAAGGCUGCCUCAGGGCUCUGGCCAUGAGGUUUAAGACCACCCAUGCACCCCCAGGUGACACACUGGUCCACGCCGGAGACCUGAUCACAGCGCUGUACUUCAUCUCCAGAGGCUCCAUCGAGAUCCUCAAAGGAGACGUGGUGGUGGCCAUACUGGGUAAGUGAUCACAUGAUACUGCACAUACAUGUACACAAAGGUAUACACAGAUACCGUGUGUCUGCUCUCACCUGUCCAUCUUUAUUAAUUUUGUGCCGAACUUCUGAUGAAGGGAAGAACGAUAUCUUCGGUGAGCCCAUAAACCUGCACGCUCUGCCGGGGAAAUCCAGAGCUGAUGUUCGAGCGCUGACCUACUGUGACCUACACAAAAUCUACAGAGAUGAGAUGAUGGAGGUACGGUCACCUGAGACCUGACGAGGCGACGACUGAGCCAGUCUCACCAGCUCAUCAUUAAAAAUACGUGUGUGUGUGUGUGUGUGUGUGUGUGUGUGUGUGUGUGUGCAGGUUCUGGACAUGUAUCCUGAGUUCAGUAAAUACUUCUGGUCAAACUUGGAGAUCACCUUCAACCUCAGAGACGUGAGUAAACUAGUGUCCCAAAUCGCAUACUUCCAUACUAAACACUUAAAAUUUUGAGUAUACUCAACUCAAAAUGGAAAAAAAAUUGAUAAUAUGCUAAAUUUGAAUAUGCAAACUCAAAUCGGUCAAAAUUGACAGUGAUUGACCCUGUUCUUACCUGUGUGCAGGUAAACAGUGAAUCCGUGGGUCGGCUGAGCGGAGAGGAUUCCGACUGUGAGGGCGUCGGCCGACUUAGGAGUAAACACAAACUGUCCUCCACACACACAGGUAGAUCUCCACCCAGGCACACAGCAGGUGAGAGCUGGUAGCACCUGAAAUACACAGUGACCGGGGCUGAAAGUGGCUGAUUCACUGCAGGCCUCUAGUGGAUUCUGGUGGAACUGCAGUGUUUGGGACUUGAGUGUCACAGAGCAGAAAUGAUCAGAUAUCACAAAUCCACAUCUACUUCUGUUCCUGUAACCUCACUGGGUUAUAUCUGCUUGUGUUUACCUGUCAGGUGAUACAGCGUCAGUGAGCAGACUCAAAGCUGCCUACAGGUGCAGAAGAAAGAGGAAGGAUCAGCGUGACGUCCUCAACAAAGACGAUCACAAACACACACUGUGAGGAGAUAUCAAACACACCCUCAUUCAGCCAGCCUGCACUCUGUACACAACACAGCUCUGACCUCUGCGUGUGUGUGUGUGUGUGUGUGUGUGUGUGUGUGUGUGUGUGUGUGUGUGUGUGUGUGUGUGUGUGUGUGUGUGUGUGUGUGUGUGUGCGCAGGUAUGGCCCUGUGUUCUCCAGUGAGGAUGAGGAGGAGGAUCCAGAGAUGACGGGUCACGCUCACACCUCCAGACCUUAUCCUGCUGCUGCUGCUGCAAACACAGAGAGGAGCUGCAACCCUCUGACAGGCAGGUGGACAGGUGACAGGAGGAUACACCUGAGUGUGGUUUUGUGUGUGUAGUUGUGUGUGUGUGUCUGGCUCUGUGUCUAAUUGUGUCUCUGUGUAAACGGUCUAGAUGCUUUGUCGGGAGUGUCUGACAUCUUCACGUUCUGGGGCUCAGAGAGUCGGCGGGAGCAGCGAUACCAGGAGGUGCCGUGUUCCUCACCACCUCCUCCCCCACCUCCUCCCCCCCAGGUGAUCUCCAGGAGGCAGAGGGAGGAGCUAGAGAAGAGGUUGGAGGGUCUGCAGAGUCAGAUCAGCAGGUGGGUCACAGCUCACAGCACAACUAGGGACUUGAUCGCUGCGUCCUGCACCUCACUUAGCAUCCAGAUCUUUGUCAGGCCAAAUGUGGUCACAACAUAGCGAAGUGUUAGAGAUGUCACCUGGAGCGUGUAUCGCCUGCUGCUGGUGAAUCUGUGAACAGCUCCUCUCUGUAAACUGUGUUUCCAGGUUGGAGUCGAGCAUGUCUGCAGACAUCAGCACCAUCAUGCAGCUGCUGCAGAGACAAACACCCAUGAUCCCACCCUCCUACAGCACACUGACGGCAACAUCCAACGCACCCUCCUCCCCUAUCCUGUCCCCUACCAGCACACCAACCUUCAACUCCCCUACAAACACCGAACAAGUGACCAACAGCCAAUAGAAACAGAGAGCGCACCAGCACCACCCAGUAAGACUAUUCACCACGAAGCAUCCACCUCAGAGCUCUGACAAGAUCACACCUGGAUCAGGUCUUUACUGUCAGCUGUUAUUCCAGAGUGGCUCAGAUAAAUGAUCUUAUUCUGAAAAAGAAGUGUUGAUAAACAGUCAUAGUUCGGGGACAUCUCGACCAGUUAGCUCAGCUCUGACCCCGUGACCUGGACAGUGAUAAACAAAGCCAGGGAUUGGUCGGUUCAAACACCUACACAAUCGCAGAGAUCCCAAAGAAAAGUAAAGCAGUUAUACAGAAAGAAAGUGUGUAAUGUCCCUUUAACACUGAAACAGCGUCACUAUGCUGUUUACAUUUACAGGAAGCUCUACGGACGAUCUCUUUGGACAGAAAAGGUUCAUGAGUAACAUGUCAAAGGAGAAA